GGGUCUCAGCCUGAAACGUUGACAGAUUAUUCAUUUCCAUGGAUGCUGAGUUCCUCGAGCAUUUUGUGUGUGUGCCUUGGAUUUCUAGCAUCUGCAGAUGUUUUCCCUUUGUUUGUGUGCAUCACAUGGUGACCUAUAGUUUUUCACGCCAAGACACGGAAGUAGAUUGCCAAUUUUUGGAUCCGGCUGGAUUUGAACUCAGGACCAUCUGCCUCGAAGUCCAGUGUUGAUGCCGCUACACCACCAGUGAGCCCACUAAGAUAGGAAAGGAGGCUUAAAUUUGAAAGUUCAAGUAUUGUGAGACUUCCAAGCUGAACAUGAACAAAAACACUGGGGUAUAUGAAGAUCCAGUAGACAUUGCCAAACAGCAGGAGCAGCAUUACUAUCUUCUUUCUCAACUGCAAAGUCUGGUCAAAGACUUAUCAAGUUCGUGUCAACAACGAUUGUCCUAUGACAUACUAAGUAACCUUGCCUUGGCUUUGAUCGAUGGCACCGUCUUUGAGAUUGUGCAGGGUUUGCUUGAGAUCCAACAUCUGACCGAGAAAAAUCUCUACAACCAGCGUCUGAAACUGCACAGUGAGCACAGAGCUCUUAAACAGGAGCUCCUGAGAAAACACAAAGAGGCACUACAAAGCUGCAAGAUCCACAACCUAACAGUCCUUAGAGCCACACAGCAAAGGGAGCUGGAGGCCUUGGACCAAAGGGUUAAAGAAGAGCAAAGGAUGAUGGAUGAAAAGAUAGUCUUGGAGUUAGACCAGAAAGUGAUUGAUCAACAAAACACACUGGAAAAGGCCGGUGUUCCAGGAUUCUAUAUUACUACAAAUCCUCAGGAGCUGACUCUACAGAUGAAUUUGCUGGAACUGAUUCUAAAAAUGCAACAGAAAGUAUCUGAGGUGGGGAGCUGCUGAUCUGGUGAACUUGGAACUUUGCUAUUAGCUCUACUUCGGAGUAAACACAGAAGACGCAGUCAAGCUUCAUUACACACCUUCCAGCAAUCAUGGAAUUGAAAUGCCAGAGUCGAAGCCUAAAUGUGCACAGUACAGUGCUUAUUGUCCAGGAGGUCCUUGGGUGAAUCCUGGUUGGCUAAGUGACAAGGUUUUUGUGUGCUUAAAUGUCUCCAGUAUUAGACGUUAAUUCAUUGUAUUUUACAUGAACCAUGAAAACUAUCUUGUAAAACUGAUUAUGGUUUCCCUGUUCUACAAGUUGACAUUGGUUCAGAAACUGCCAGUGCAUCAGUAUUUGAUUUCUUCCUUUUGUUUAUCCAACAUCACUUUUUAAUAUUGUUGUUUAACACGCACAGUAUAUCAGACUUCGGGACUGAUGCAUUUUCUUUAUCUUGGCAAGUUUUGAUCAACAACUUCAGAUUUUGGUCUGGUCUAACUUGUGUUGAUCUUUCAAAGGAUUAAUAAAUGGUUUUCUGUGGAUAUUAAUUGUUGAACUUAAGCUAAGCAAUGCAAGUUUAAGCAAAAAAUACUGACAUGAGAAAGUUGCAAUUAGAUUUUCAACCUGUAUUGUUAAAAUUGGAGUUCAUUGCAAAAUAUCUAGAACCUUUGUUUAAAAAUAUAUUCACUGUACUUUGAUUUAUGUGUGUAAUAAUUACUUAAUGCAAGUAUUUGCAGUUCGUAGAAACCUAGAAAAUAUCUUGUAAUAUCCAAAAAGGUAAAAUCUCUCAAAGGUAAGUCAGACUUGUGGCUCCUUUAGAUUCUGAAAUCUUAUUGACAGAUCAGUGUUGUAUUUCAGCUUUGUAUGUUUUACAUCUUUGCAUGUGAUCCUUUAAAUAUUCUUUAGUAAUUGACUUUUCAUGUUGCUGAAUAAAACUUCAUAGAAUCAUAUUGUUGUUCCAUUAGGGUGUCAGUAACGUCUUGAUCUUUAAAGAAACUUGUAACACUGCUCUCUUUAAUUGGGUAACUGAAAUGCACAGUAAAACAGUUAAGCUGAAUCGUGAGACAUUUCAAAAAGGAUGAUUUUGCAGUGCUUAAAGUAUCCAAUUAUUUGGAUCAGAAAUUGAUAAUCUUAAGAUAACUCUUAUUUUUAGAACCUAAUCAGUAAAUACAUUAAGUGGAAUAUCUGCAGUAGAUUGUGUUCUCUGGGGCAAUUGUAUCUUUAUAAAUACUUGCUCAUGAAUUGCCAUGUACAAUUUAAGAAGUAUCCUAAAAAUUAAUAUCCCAGAUUAGAGUUGGUUACCAUGGUAAUUUCCAAUUAAAAUUGGUGGGUUAAGUGCUAUGGGGAAGACCAAGAAUUCUAAAAAUUUAAGUCCCAGCAAUUUUUUGUUUGAAUUUGAUCACAUUUGGUUUGUAGAUCCAAGCAAUUGAAGAGUUUCAAGCACUUGGUGAAGGGUUCUAUUAAAAGAUAAAUGA